UAUUCCAAAUAUAUCUUCACAAGGGAAAAUUAAAAUGAAAAAUUCGGCAGAAUUAUAUUCAAAAAUAUUAUUAAAAUAUUUACAGACAAACAAAGGAGAUUUGGAAGGGGUUAAAAGAUAUUCUGAUUUAAUGUUUUUAUUUAAUGCUAUUUUGGCUACUACAAAGGCGGAAAGGGAAUUGAAUAUAUUUAUGGUAUAA